AUGUCAGAGUCUAGUAGCCACGACGGCAUCACCUCUGUCGCCUCAGACGGUUCGAACAGGUAUCUCACCAACAACGACUUCGUUUCUAUCGAUAUGGAGACUCUUACCGUUCAUGACGCGAUGCAGCGCAUUAUCGACCGCAAGUUCUGCGAGAACUUGGCGGAUAGGGAGAUACCACGCCCUGGCCAAAAGAGCAUCUCCAAAGGGAAGAAGUUCUUCUCGUGUCUCCUUUGCGCCUACAUAUCACCACACAAAGCGACUAUGAGGCGGCACAUGAAGAGACAGGACCAUGAAGAAAGAACGCUCUUCUAUUGCGAGGAUUUUUAUUGUCCCGGCGCGUGCGCCACCCACGAGGGGUAUUUCUUCAGCUUCGCGGAGCUUGCCGUUCAUCUUCUCGAGAACGAUAUCGUUGCACGGGACCAGGCUUACGCGAAUGGAGAUCACGAACGCGCUCACAGCUAUGAGCAUUGCAUCCAGGCCCUCUUAACGGCAAUGCCGACAGCCGUAUAUCAGGGAGCUGCUUAG